AUGGCUAGCCAAGGUGUCAACGUCCUCCGUUACUCGGCUCUCGUUGCCGGUCUCGUCUACGGUGUUUACCACCAGUCCUCCCUCAACUCCCAGACCAAGCGCACCGAGAUCGAGCAUGAGUACACCCGCAAGGAGCGUCUGAUUGAGCAGGCCAAGGCCGAGUGGAGGAAGAAGACCCAGCCCCAGGAGACCAAGACGCAAUCCUCCGGCCUCAUUACCGAUUUCGCGGACCCCAAGUUCGACCUCGAGGCCUUCCUGCAGGCCAAGUUCGCCGAGAACCCUUAA